AUGCCCGGUAUUGCAGCUUCUUCAAACACCCUCAGCUCCCUGACCUCCCCUCUAUACGUAGCAAACACGGAUCACAAUCACGGUAGCCCGACUUCAGCUAAUAUGCAGAGUGAACAAAUCCCCCGGAAUCCUAUCGAGCAAUCGUUGGCACGGACCCAUAGCAACUGUCACUAUCAAUGGCUGCUUGAAGAGAAGCGUAAUAUGGUUCGAUCCAGCUUUUUAGCUAAGAAACAGAACCAGGAUCUUGUGUUUUGGGUCGGUAAAGGUACCGUGGUCCUUGUCGGGAUGGCUCCUAUCCCCGUAUCUUCGAUAACCAUUCUCUCGAACAUCUGGAACUAACGGAGAAUUGUCGACCAGUAUCCGAAGCAAUAAAAAAUGAUCCAACUCCACGAAAUGAGCUGGAUAUCUGUCUCAGACCACUAGGGAGCCCCCUCCCAUCACUAGCUAUCGUCUCCGGCUGGACGGAGGCCUAUGGGAAGAUGUUUUCGGACGUUCAAUCCUGGAUAAAAUUGGGGAAUGGUGGUAUCAGGAAGGUCUUCUUGCUCAGGUGGUCAAAGACCCCCUCACACGAGGUUGGGUGUGAUUUGGAGGUUUACGAGUGGGACGAAUCUACUAGGGGAGUGCGCCUUUCGCAGAAAGAGGUCGGUAACCUUCCGUGGCUGGUGUACGCAUUAGCGCCAGAACUUAGCUGAUUGGCAAGAUAAGAUUGUGCUCCCAGAAAUUGACGAGGUGCGGGAGGUCAAAGUGCUGUUUGGCGAAAUCUUUGGGAGGAGAUUCCCUGACGCGGAUUACAACUCCACUUAUCCUUUCUCAUUGGGCCGGUUACGCGCAAUCGCUAAGAAAGUGAUUGAGGAGGAUGGCUACCGAUAUGUAUUGGAGACAGCGGCAUCCGAUCGAAAAACUGGGGAAGAGACAGAAAACUCCGGAAACCCAGGAAACAAUUCCUUGCCCAGCAGCGCGCAUGUUCUGGAUCGUUCCACGGUCGGCGCUAGUGUUAUUUCCCCUGAUGAGCCAAAUGCCGAGAUAACCUCCGAGGACACACAUCAGGUAUUGGAUGCAGCGGAGGAUAUUUCGAGUGUUGCAGAUUCUCCUGGAAAGACCGAGCUUUCCCUUCACGGACCCGAUCGCGCCGGCCCCGUCGGGAGUCCUGAGCUUCAGAAUGAAGCAAACCGUGGUGGUGGUACGGGCUCUGAACCUCUAGGACGGGCGAGCGAGUCGCCAAGGCCAUUGGAGGAUCCACACUUCCCUAAUGCUCCUGAAAAUAUUGGAGCCACUGGGGAAGAUUCAAUUCACAGCUCCGGCGCCGCUCCUAGAAUAUUAGCGAAACAGAGCACACCACUUAGCUCUUCACAGGGCUCAGAUGUGUCGGAUACCUCGUACACCUCAGACAUCUCAGACAACUCGGACGCGGGGGUCGAUCAAGAUACUAGUGCUUCGGUGGAGACCGGUCCUGUUACUAGCCCUAGAGUUGAUUCGGAAUCUCUAGGGGAGGUUCCCCCAUCAUUAGGAAUAGAUAUCCCGGAAGCCUCGAGAGAUGGGGAUGCCGUUACCGAUCCUGAAUCUCCGGAGGGGGUGAAUCCACCCCACGUUAAGUCGGCGGGUAUAGGGGGCCCCGAGGCCCUUGAAAAUGGCGAGGGUACCGUUGAGGUUAGCGAUCCGGAGGCCCAUCCUAAGCCUUCCGGGGAUGCGAGCUCUGCACUGAUCUCACCGCAACCAUCAGAGGUCUCGCGGGUGGCCCAGGCCACCGAUUCUACUGAGAAAAUUAAUGAAACGGCUACCGUUCGAGCGGGGCCCAGUUCCCUCGAAGAAUUAACUCCUACAGAAGCCUCCUUACAGGAUUCAAUUACUCCAGUAACCGGGAGUGCUCUUAAAGAUGAAUUGUCAGUCCUAGUCGAUGGGGCCAUGGAUGAUACUAUCAAUGGUGGUGUCCCUUUGCCUGGUGAUAUCGUAUCGCCGAAGCUGCCUUCGGGGUUUGCAACCCAGAAUACAUCUAGUGAUGCUGCGUUAGGAGGUGUCCAAGGAGGGGUCGGAAAUUUUGAAGUUGCAAAUCCGGAGGUGGUCGAGGACGUAUUCAUGGAUAUUGAGGAAUUUAGAGUUCACGAGGUACAACGAAGGGAGGAAACCGAGCGUCGGCGUGUACUUGAGUGCUCGGAGUGUAGGCGGGCUUCGGCGCAGGGUCACUUGGGACGGGAGUCUAAUGAAAAUGUGCCGGCUAGAGAUUCGAUCUCUCUUGAAGGGGGGGGUAACCAGCAAUCGAAGGUAAACCGUGCACUCCCAAUACCUAAUCAGGUGAUGAAACGCUGAUUUUGACAGGUUGAUACUCAGUCCAAUAGUGGGUUGUUUUCCUAUUUCUCGUCGUUUUUUAGGGGGGCAGCAUCUCCAACCCCCCCCACAACACCCCCGCGGGCUAGUAAUGCAGGAGUACACGAAGCUGCGGAUACUGUCGUGACUCCACAGGAGGCGACGGUUCCUGCGAUUAAAAUAACCAGCCCUCGGCAGCCUAAGGUUCGGAAUGGGAAAGAGGUUUCCUGGCAGGAUCUAGUGGAUAGAACAAAUAGGGGAAAGAGAGGGAGUUCGGGUAGUUCGGGUAGCCUGGAGGAAAGCUCGCCAAGUAGGUCCCACCUGUUAUUGAUAAACCGGAAAUCACGGGGGGUGGAAAUACUGACAAUUUGAAGGCCGACUAUUCUCGUCGCCUGGUAUAGCUGAAGGAAGUUCUGCUGCUGGCGGAGGCCCGUAUGCAGGAGAUCCUCUUGGUAUUGGCAUUCCGUUCGGGGAUAGGGUGUACUCAUUGAUGUCUGCCGAGGCACGCACUAGUGAACAUUCAGCAUCAGACGGAAGGGUUUCUGGGGCAGAAGCAAUUCCACUGAUCAGAACCAGCCCUGCAUCAGAGCACUAUGAGGAGUCUCCAUUUGCGGAUAUCAGAGAUGGGGAGGUCCAGGUUGUGAAUGGAGCGGUCAAUCGAGCCACAACACCAUCCGCUAUAAGAUCUCCAUUUUUCCCAAAUUUCUUCCAAUGUAUGUAAACAUCUGAUUCGCGGCCGCUCCCUUGGCUGCUAGUGGCAUGCUGACAAGCGGUAAUUUGCCGAAUAGGGUCUGAUACUCAGAGAACACCCUUCUCUGAACCUAGCUCAAUGCGAAAAGGAGCUCCAACUCCGGCUAUUGGGCCACUUGGCGAACAUAGAUCUCCCAUGAUCAGCCGCACUCCCUGUGUCGGAGCAGAAUCACCACUCCCGUCGGGGCCAGCCUCUUGUGUUCAUACGUCAAGUUUCAUAGGGGGCCAUGGCCCCGCCACCAUUACAACCGAGAGUUCAAGCCCUAAUAAUUUUGGGAGUCUACGUGGUGGUGGUGGUCUCACUGGGAGAACUCGUCCGGUGAAUGGUAGGCUUGCUCCACCGCAUGGCCCGCCGGGUGCUUCUGCGCGGGGGACGCAGAGCGGGAGAUAUCAGAGCGUGGUACAGGAAGAGCGCGAGGAAUUUGCUCAUGGUUUUAUGGACGAGUCAAGUCGCAUCAAGUAUUACGACCCUUGUAGAAAUUGUGGUGUUCUUGCUAACAACAAUAUGUUGCGCCUUAACUAGUUUUGAACGGUUCUCACAGCUCGAAGAUCUUAUCAAGAGGUUUGCUGUAAAGCAUUUCAACCGGCUUCCCUCGAGUUUGAGCGUGGUGAGUUAUCUGAGAUCUUCAGCAAGUGUAAUUUGCUAAGUGUUUAUUGUUUGAGUCUUCCGCCUCCCUGGAUACAUCGCCAUUCCCACCAGAGUUUCUCUGUAGCUCUCCGCUUGGGAACAGACUACGCACUGCAGCAGUUCAAAAUAUCGUCUGCCGCCAUCUCGUCAAUAACAUCUUCUCGGCCGUUGUUCCUAGCUUGUGUUUCAAUAUGGAAGUUAUAGCGGGAGAAUUGAUGAAGUUGGAUCCAUUGAAACAAGCACUCUGGCAGGUCUUAACUGUUGAAGCUCUGGAGGCUUUGCCGCAGUACGAGGCGGCAGCCGCAAAGCUGCGACAGAAAACAGUCAAUGAAAUUCUUGUCAGCAUUGGCGCCAUGUCUGACUCACCAGUAGCUUCUCUUGCGGAAUCCCUUCAUGGUCUUGUAAAGUUUGCUCAAGAUGCUUGGGAGCCUACAUUCAAGUCCAAGGCUCAGACGAUCCCCGAGGUUGAUAUCGAAAACGGAACGGCAAAUUUCAAAAUGGACCCCAAAGACUCUCGAUUAAGAGGGUCAUCUGGAUUGCAGGGAGAAGGCAUCACUCGUCCAGUUCUAUGCCUAUUCCCAGCUAUCUACCAAAUCGCCGACGGACGCGAUAUCCUCAUAGCGCCAGGAAGAGCCUUGUUCUCGGACCUCUACCAUUCCGCCGAAACGGAGCUGCAAGCUAAACUGAAGCCAUGGAAUUCGGGCCAGAGGCAUGACCGCCGCGCAUCUUUCAUGAGGCCGCCGUUCGUCCAUCGCAGUACACGUCCUCCCACAUCUCCAGAAUCCCAGUCGGGAAGAUGGAGCCCGAGACGCAUGUCUCACGAGCAUUUCGACCAUAACCAAUGGUGCUCACAUCCUAAUGAUAAUGAAGAUGGAGCAAUAGACUUCUGGGACGUAUCUAUGCAUCUGAAGGAGUAUAGCCCGGAGGCCCUGAGACAUGGGAGGAGGAGAAGUACAGGAUCAGAAACCUUUUCCGAAAGUCGUAGUCCGUACCUUGGCCGAAAUCGGUCUUUCAACGGUAGCAGGUGGGAGUCUGUGUAUAGCAGUAGGCAAGAGUCUGUUUACGAGAGGCAGGGGCCUAGGGGUAGGAGGGAGCACCAUUAUGGCGGGAGACGGGAAUCGUUUCAGGGAAGUGGAGAUCAUUACUGGCGGUAAAUUGUUUUGGGGGUAUGCACCUGGUCGUCUGAGGAAGUUCCUUCCCCCGCUGGUCGGUCACCAAAGCCUUCCUCUUUCUGUUUUCCCUUCUGUUUUCCUUCUGUCUUUUUCUUAUUUCUUUUUUCGUUCUUUUCUCAUCUUUUAUCGCUGUUGGUCUGCAAGACGCGCUGCUUUUUCCGGCGAUGUUUUUGGUGCAUUGGGGAGUCGGCCUGUUUCGGGGCAUCGCAAAUGAUACUUAGCAUAUAGUACUAGCAUCUAAAGUCCAUACAUCAAUUGUUAAUCUCGAACCCUUCGGCUCCUCAAUGAUACCCCAAUCCCCACGCUCGCAAGCUAACUUGGCCAUUAUGGUACUCGAGGGUUCAAGUUAUGCUAUGCCGUUCUUAGCUCUCGAAGAUGGCUCCCCCUAGGACAGCAGCUCUAGGUCACGAGACGAUUUUAUGACCAUCGGGAUAUAAACACUGUCUAGUACCGGGAUGGUAAUAGCGAUAGUAGACUACCAGGACCUUCCUUCAGCAAACACGGAUCCCCACCAGGUGCGCCGGGGAUGAGAACCCUUAUCCUCCAGUUGACGCCCCCC